GUGAUUUGAAAAGACAUAUGGAAAUACACACCGGAGAAAAACCUUUUUCGUGUAAUAUCUGUGAAUAUAGUUUUAUUACAAAAAGUCGUUUGCAAACACAUGAAAAUACAUACCGGAGAAAAACCUUUUUCGUGUAAUAUCUGUGAAUUUAGAUGUAAUAGAAAAUGACAUUUGCAAACACAUAUAAAAAUACACACCGGUGAAAAACCUUUUUCGUGUAAUAUCUGUGAAUUUAGAUGUAAUAGAAAAUGACAUUUCCAAAGAUAUAUGAAAAUACACACUGGUGAAAAACGUUUCUCGUGUAAUAUCUGUGAAUACAGAUGUAUUACAAGAAGUAAUUUGCAAACACAUAUAAAAACACACACUGGAGCAAAACCUUUUUCGUGAGCUGUCUGGCAAAAUGUUUACAAUAUUGAGUAAACGUGUUUUAUAUAAAUAUGUUUGUACCAGAUAAAAAUCAAUUUUUUGUGAAUUUGUGAUGUAAUUACAUAACGAAUAGAAAAACCUUUCCGUGUUAUUAUCAAUGGUAAAAGUUCUUCCGGCUCACCUGUACUAAUGGGUGUCCCUCAGGGCUCGAUUCUCGGCCCAUUCCUAUUUCUAGUGUAUAUUAAUGACUUACCUUCUCUUGUAGAGGAUAAUCAUGAUAUAGUAUUAUUUGCUGAUGAUACUUCCUUGAUUUUUAAACUUAAACGUCAAUCGUUUAAAUGUGACGAGGUGAAUAAUGCUAUAUCAAAAUUAGUGCAUUGGUUUAACGUUAAAAAUCUACAUUUAAACGGAAAUAAAACUAAAUGUAUUAAAUUUACAACAACGAAUGUUAAAAAACUGAGUACCAAUGUGUUUUUAAAUGGGGAAGAACUGAGCCCUGUUGAAUCCACUGUUUUUCUUGGCAUCACUCUCGACGCAAAGCUUCAGUGGGGCCUCCAUAUAUCCUCCAUAUAAACUAGCAAGCAGACUAAGUUCUGCAGCCUAUGCUGUAAAAAAGAUUAGAGGUCUCACUAGUAUCGAGACAGGUAGAUUUUUAGAAGCUUUUACAAAAAUUUACUUCGCAAAUAUCCGCGUUAUAAAAUAAAAUGAUGUGUCUUACCUAGUAUGAAGAAGCACCUCCCGCCCUCCCUCAAUUGCGUGCACUAUCCCCGUCAACACUAAUCCCAGCACCGCUACUUCCAACACCACUACACUAGGCAAGACACACCACUGACGAUAAUACGACACGUGUUUCGCCUCUACACGAGGCAUCCUCAGGUGAUAUAGACUCUACGGUGGCUAACCGCUAAGUUCACUUCGCGGUUAAGAGUAUAGUAAUAUAUAGAACAAACUACACCAACUAUGCACUGUGCAUCCACGGCUGGUAAUCUUUGAGCAAAAAUCUUUGACCGUAUGAAAUGCAGUCAGCAAUUCAGAACAUGACGUUUCCCUCGUCCCUCCCACCUCCGGCCCUUUCUCGCUGCCGCCAUUUUGUCAUGUUAUUGUCGCGUAACUGUCAAGUUAGAAGUUUUCUUGGAAAUUUUUAUUUUGUUUUUCUAUGAAGUAUGAACUAACUAUAAAUUAUAAAUAAAGUUUUAUUGGCAUUUUACUGCUAUUUUACUAAAGCUUUUUUAUUGUUUAAUAGGUUAUUUAUUUCGACGGGACGUUUUCUUUAGCUUUAGUGUAUUUUGUAUAUAAUUUUUAGUUUCAAAAUCUAUUUUUAAGUGUUUCAUUCCCAGUUGUGCAAAUAACAGAGAAGAGUCUGACGAAGGCCAAAGAAACAAGUGGUUGGACUUUAUAAACUGUGACAAACUUAAAAGUACGCUGCAUUCCAGUAACCUUUUCAAGAAGCCUGCUUGGUCACAAAAUUUUUGAAUAAAGUGUUUCAUUAUGCUAAAUCUGACAUUAAUAAGGUUGGAUAAACUCAACACUAUUCUUUGGAGUAAAUUGAGUUAAGUUUAUCAUCAAAGAUGACAAAGAUGAUACAGUCCAAAUAAACUAGUGUGAUAUUUGAUCAGCCAUUAUAAAAAAGGUAUAAGGAAUAAUGUUGCUAUCAAUACACAUAAUAAUUGAUGGAAAUGUAUUAAAAUGGCAAGAUGAUGUGUACUAAACAGACUGCAAGCAUACUCAAUUGCGCUUGUUAGAUAAACUAAAUGAUGACCAUAUGAUUCCCAACGAAGUAAAAAAAUUAAGCUCAAUACACUAGAUUUCGAAUAUAUUGAAGAGAACCUUUCCACUGAAAAUAUUCAAGUGCAAGCAGCAAGAGAGCAAUUAUAUGUUUACUGUAUAGCAUAUACCACAGAUGGGAUUCUGAAAGGCACGGACAUCAUUAGAAUCGAAAAGUGUACAUUGCCACCAAUGCAAAAAAGCCUUUAAACGAGUUU